UAUGAGACCACACCUGUUAUACAGCCAUUCAUAAGGUCACCUUCACAACACUAGGUUUAAUUCAUCGCCAGCAUUAAGUGGUUUGUUGUUCCUGUUCCUUUAUCGAGCUAGCACUCUUUUCAUGCAAUCAUGGUUCACUUCAGCUACUUAAGUGAAGAAGAACAAGCUCAGCUGCGUAAAGUAGCUGAAGCUAUUGUGGCCCGAGGCAAAGGGAUCUUGGCAGCUGAUGAGAGUACCUCUACCAUGGGCAAAAGAUUGGCUGGUAUUGGGGUUGAAAAUACUGAGGAAAAUCGUAGGCAGUUCCGUCAGCUUCUUUUUACCUGUGACCAAACAAUGGGAGAGAACAUCGGAGGAAUUAUCAUGUUUCAUGAGACACUCUACCAAAAUGCAACUGAUGGUACUCCAUUUGUUCAGCUGAUCAAGAACAAAGGAAUAAUCCCAGGAAUCAAAGUGGACAAAGGAGUUGUUCCCCUGAUGGGUUCAGACAAUGAAUCGACAACACAAGGUUUAGAUGACCUUACAAAAAGGUGUCAAGAAUACAAGAAACAGGGUGCUCUCUUCACUAAGUGGCGAUGUGUGCUAAAGAUCAGUGACCAUUGUCCUUCUCCACUAGCAAUUGCAGAAAAUGCUAACGUCCUAGCUCGGUUUGCUUCGUGCUGUCAACAGGCUGGCCUUGUUCCGAUUGUUGAGCCUGAGGUUUUACCAGAUGGUACUCAUGAUUUAGAGCGUGCUCAGAAAGUGACUGAAAAGGUGUUAGCUGCAGUCUACAAAGCUCUUAAUGACCACCAUGUUUAUCUAGAGGGUACUCUAUUGAAACCCAACAUGGUUACAGCAGGUCAAAGCUGUCCUAUCAAAUAUAAACCUGAAGAUGUUGCCAAGGCAACAGUGACAGCUCUUCAGAGGACAGUCCCUGCAGCAGUUCCAGGGAUAACAUUUCUGUCUGGUGGACAGUCUGAAGAAGAAGCUACUGUUAAUCUAGAUGCCAUCAACAAGUUCCCUGGAAAGAAGCCGUGGGCAUUAACAUUUAGCUAUGGCCGAGCUCUUCAGGCAAGUGCUCUGAAAGCUUGGCUGGGGAAAACCGAUAACAUAAAGGCUGCUCAAGAGGAGUUUAUGAAAAGGGCAAAGGCUAAUGGACUAGCUUGUCAAGGGUUGUACACAGCAGGUACCGUCCAGAGUCUGGCAUCCCAGAAAUCAAAUUUUGUCCCCGUACAUACAUAUUGAGUGCAUGUUAUCACUUACGCCAUCAGAACAUGCAGGAGCCUAAAAACACGUCUUUAGUGACCAAAUUUAGUAUUACUAAACUCCAUUCUUAUCUUUCCUUCUCUCUAUCUCUCUCUCUCUCUUUUUUUCCUCCUCCUUCUGCAGGGUAAUGUCCUCAAGAACAGUUAAAUCAUUAAUUGCUUGUUGGUAUUAAUAACAAAUUUAUUGCUUAAUAACAACAUAUUACCAAAUUUUUAUAUUUUCAUUGUUGUGAAAAUUUAUAUUUUCAUUAUAAAAAAAAAAAAAAAAAAAAAAAAAAUUAGCCAACAAGCAUUAUGCAUGUAACAAAAGUGUACAAAAUAAUAAUGCCAAUAUAAUUUGCUCAAAAAGAUUAUUCUAGGUUAUUUUAAAAAGAAGCUUCUAUUUUCAUAUCGUGGAAAUAAAGUAACUGUUAACUAUAGGGAGACUUUGUAGAUGAUGUGGAAUGACAUGGAAAUAAAGAAUAUAUAAUAUA